AUGCUCACUACAAAAUCCAAACUUCGCCAUCGAAUUUAUUCUUCACGGCUUUCUCCUACUUAUUCCCAAAUAUCUACGACCAUUACAAAUACGCGAAGUGUUUCUCCUUGUAACUACCAAUAUUUAUCUCCACAAAAAAAUUUGAAAGCUAAAGAAAGCAAGGCACCUAGUUCUGAUGAAAAUAGUGCCCAAAAACUGCCUUCGUUGAGUAGCUCAAUUUUGCUAUGUCCUAAAGAAAUUUCUGCAGAGGAAAUGGAUGAAUGAGAAGAUGAAAAAUUCAACGAUAAAUUUUUAAGUGCUAUAAAUUUAAGAAAGAAAGGCAAUUUUUUUGAAGCAGCAAAAGUCUAUAUAAAGAUUUUGACAAAUAGUGGGCAAAAUGCUUCAGUUUCUAUUAAUUUAGGUGUCUGCUUUUUAAAGCUUGGGUUAAUUACAGAAGCUAUUGGGGCAUUUGAUCAAGCUAUUAAAGCUAAUUCAGGAUUAUUUAUAGCGUAUUUUAAUAAAGCUCUGUCACAAAUUUAUAUUCAACAAUAUGCAGAUGCUAUAGAAUGUAUGAAUAUUGCACUUAGAAAUAUCAAUGGAAGUCCUCCAAGCGAGUUUUUCAAAGUUAGAGCUUUAGCCUUAUAUAGAUCAGGAAAAAUUUCAGAGGCAUUAGAAGCCAUUAAAAACCAAGAAAUUUUUGAAACAUUAGAAAUCUGCAAAGGAAAUGGCUCAGUAAAAAAACAUAAUAUAGUGGACUUAGAAUGAAAACUUAAAGAAUACAGAGAAACUGAAAUAGUAUUUGACAAGAAAAAAAGAAAGCCGAACCUCGUGUUUCUUUCAAACGAAAUCAAAGAAUUCGACACCAGAACAGUGAAUGCUAGAGCAGUGACCCCAAGAUUGCUGAAAAGACGAGAAUCAAUAAAAAAAAGUAAUUAUUUAGAUUCGACCAGAUGCAAGACACCCACCUAUAACAAUAAACAAAGACGGAUUUCGUUAGCAAGUACAAAGCCUACAAAUAUCUCAGUUCAGUCUCCAACACCAAUAUUACACACUCUUGAAGACUCUCGUGAAACCACUGAAAGUCCAUCAUUUUAUAUACAAGAAGAUUUAUCUCCAGCACAAGUUAAAGAAAAUAUAUUGAAAAGUUUUGACGUCCAUAAAAAAAUCAAUGAAAAAUUACAAACAAUUAAAGCGAAAAUAGAUGAAGAUAUAGCGAAACAAGAAAUUUUUUUCAAUAAAGAAGGUGAAGGCUUAGAAACGUCUCUAUUAACUCAGCAGGAUUUAUUAUUUAUUCAUUUAGAGUUUAAAAAAGACAAAACAAGGAGAAAUUAUGAGAAAAUUGACACAGCCACUAAAAAGCUUUCUUUUUUUCAAAAAUUUUCUAAAGAAGUCAGGAUUUCUCUAUUAAAAAUUGCUAACUUUGUAGAAUUUCGGCCAGGUGAGAUUGUUUUUCGACAAGGGGAUUCUGGAGAUAUGAUGUACGUGAUUUUAAAUGGCUCAAUUUCAAUAGAGAAAAAAAGCUCAGAGUUUGGGAAUAAAGAAAUCGUCGUAAAUUCUUUAUAUGACGGAAAACAGUUCGGAGAGCUAGCUUUAAUUAGUGCAUUAAGACCAGGAGACUAUUCCAGCAAAAGAAUGGCCACUUGUGUUUGCAGCGAAAUUUCCAAAAUGCUGCAAAUUUCCAAAGUUGAAUACAAUAAAAUUAUUUUAACUCAAUUACGAGCUGAUAUAGAAAAGAAGCUGUCAUUUUUAGAAAGACUUCCUCUAUUUGCCGGUCUAGACCCUGCUUUGCUAAUUCCUAUUGCAUCUGAUGUAGAAAUUACUUCUUAUGAUUUUGAUGAAGUAGUUUUAGAUAAAGGCGAUCCACCCAAAGGUCUAUAUCUCGUUAUGUCUGGUCAUGCUAUAGCAUUUACAGAAGGCUAUAAAAUUGUGGGAAAAAAAGUUAGCGAAUUUGCUCCAAAGCUUAAAAAGCCAAGCCCAAAGCCAUUUUAUACAGGAAAUAUUGAGCCGCCCUGUGACGAAGCUCCUCAUAGCUUAAAAAUCACUUUAGAUGAAGGCCCGAUUUUCCGAGCCUUAAACCGAGUCAAAGAUGAGGCGACAGAAGAUACCUGGAAAAAAAUCGAAAAAUUUGUGUCAAAAGAAGAAUUGAGCUCUAUUGGAAAAAAUAAAUUUAUUGUAAAAGAAAGAAUUCCUCACUUGACAGUCCAGAAAAAUGACUAUUUUGGAGGAAGAGCAAUAUUAGAAGGAGAUGUAAUAGAAAAUCAAGAUCAUUUGAAAACAAUUGAAGUAAAUAGAUAUGAAAUCUCAGCAUCGAAAUUUUCGAUCGUAAAAUUUAUGUAGAUAGCUCAAUCACCUAUGGAAAUUAUGAUAAUUACAAAAUACCAUGUUAAUUAUUUAAAUGAAAAGGUUGUAAAUCAGAUGAAAUCAAUUUUGAAGAGAGGGAUUGAACAAGAUAGUCCAAAUGAUGUGGAUCCUUAUGUCAUGGAUAAGCUUUUUAUCAAAUGGCAGGAUUUUAAGGAAGAAAUAGUUGAAGAUAUCAGAAGGAUUUCGUUUUUAAACAGAAAGAAAGAUCCUGCAGCAUUUUUAAGAUUGUAA